AUGGAGGCAGAGGGCAGCAGCGUGCCAGCCCAGGCGGGCAGCGACGAGGGCAGCGACGGCGCCGGAGGGGCCACACUCAAAGCCCCCAAGCACCUCUGGAGGCACGAGCAGCACCACCAGUACCCGCUCCGGCAGCCCCAGUUCCGCCUCCUGCACCCCCAUCACCACCUGCCCCCGCCACCGCCGCCCUCGCCCCAGCCCCAGCCCCAGCCCCAGUGUCCGCUGCAACCGCCCCCGCCACCCCCCCUGCCACCGCCCCCGCCGCUGCCCGGGGCUGCUCGCGGCCGCUACGCCUCGAGCGGGGCCACCGGCCGGGUCCGACAUCGCGGCUACUCGGACACCGAGCGCUACCUGUACUGCCGUGCCAUGGACCGCACCUCCUACGCCGUGGAGACUGGCCACCGGCCCGGCCUGAAGAAAUCCAGGAUGUCCUGGCCCUCCUCGUUCCAGGGACUCAGGCGUUUUGAUGUGGACAAUGGCACAUCUGCGGGACGGAGUCCCUUGGAUCCCAUGACCAGCCCAGGAUCUGGGCUAAUUCUCCAAGCAAACUUUGUCCACAGUCAACGUCGAGAGUCCUUUCUGUAUCGAUCCGACAGCGAUUAUGACCUGUCUCCAAAGUCUAUGUCCCGGAACUCCUCCAUUGCCAGUGAUAUACAUGGAGAUGACUUGAUUGUGACUCCAUUUGCUCAGGUCUUGGCCAGCCUGCGAACUGUGCGAAACAACUUUGCUGCGUUAACUAAUUUGCAAGAUCGAGCACCUAGCAAAAGAUCACCCAUGUGCAACCAACCAUCCAUCAACAAAGCCACCAUAACAGAGGAGGCCUACCAGAAACUGGCCAGCGAGACCCUGGAGGAGCUGGACUGGUGUCUGGACCAGCUAGAGACGCUGCAGACCAGGCACUCCGUCAGUGAGAUGGCCUCCAACAAGUUUAAAAGGAUGCUUAAUCGGGAGCUCACCCAUCUCUCUGAAAUGAGUCGGUCUGGAAAUCAAGUGUCAGAGUAUAUAUCAAACACAUUCUUAGAUAAGCAACAUGAAGUGGAAAUUCCUUCUCCAACUCAGAAGGAAAAGGAGAAAAAGAAAAGGCCAAUGUCUCAGAUCAGUGGGGUCAAGAAGUUGAUGCACAGCUCCAGUUUGACAAAUUCAAGCAUCCCAAGAUUUGGGGUUAAAACUGAACAAGAGGAUGUCCUUGCCAAGGAACUAGAAGAUGUGAAUAAAUGGGGUCUUCAUGUUUUCAGAAUAGCAGAGCUGUCUGGUAACCGGCCUUUGACUGUUAUCAUGCAUACUAUUUUUCAGGAACGGGAUUUAUUAAAAACAUUUAAAAUUCCAGUAGACACUUUAAUUACAUACCUUAUGACCCUGGAAGACCAUUAUCAUGCUGACGUGGCCUACCACAACAAUAUUCAUGCUGCAGAUGUAGUCCAGUCAACACAUGUGCUGUUAUCUACACCUGCUUUGGAGGCUGUGUUUACAGAUUUGGAGAUUCUUGCAGCAAUUUUUGCUAGUGCAAUACAUGAUGUAGAUCAUCCCGGUGUGUCAAAUCAGUUUCUGAUCAAUACAAACUCCGAACUUGCCUUGAUGUACAAUGAUUCUUCUGUCUUGGAGAACCAUCAUUUGGCUGUGGGCUUUAAGUUGCUUCAGGAAGAAAACUGUGAUAUUUUCCAGAAUUUGACCAAAAAGCAAAGACAAUCAUUAAGGAAGAUGGUCAUUGACAUUGUACUUGCAACAGACAUGUCAAAACACAUGAAUCUACUGGCUGAUUUGAAAACUAUGGUUGAAACUAAGAAAGUGACAAGUUCUGGAGUUCUUCUUCUUGAUAAUUAUUCUGAUAGGAUUCAGGUCCUUCAGAAUAUGGUGCACUGUGCAGACCUGAGCAACCCCACGAAGCCUCUCCAGCUGUACCGCCAGUGGACGGACCGCAUCAUGGAGGAGUUCUUCCGCCAAGGAGACAGAGAGAGGGAGCGGGGCAUGGAGAUCAGUCCCAUGUGUGACAAGCACAAUGCAUCUGUGGAAAAGUCACAGGUGGGCUUCAUAGACUAUAUUGUUCAUCCUCUCUGGGAGACAUGGGCAGACCUCGUGCAUCCUGACGCCCAGGACAUUCUGGACACUUUGGAGGACAAUCGUGAAUGGUACCAGAGCACAAUUCCUCAGAGCCCCUCCCCAGCGCCUGAUGACCAGGAAGAAGGCCGGCAGGGUCAAACCGAGAAGUUCCAGUUUGAACUCACUUUAGAGGAAGAUGGCGAGUCCGACACCGAAAAGGACAGUGGAAGUCAGGUGGAAGAAGACACUAGCUGCAGUGACUCCAAGACUCUCUGUACUCAAGACUCGGAGUCUACUGAAAUUCCCCUUGAUGAGCAGGUGGAAGAGGAGACAGUGGGAGAGGAAGAAGACAGCCAGCCCGAAGCCUGUGUAAUAGAAGAUCAUUCUCCUGACACGUAA